GACAUUGACGUUUGUUAUCAUUACUACUUCAUAUUUUUUUGUAAAUCGCCCGACGUAUUUUUAUUUUUACUAUAUAUUUUGCCGAUUAUAGUUUUUGUUUACAAAUGGCAGCCAAAAAUAUUUUAAAAUUGGGUGCCUUAGAAGCUCCCAGGACGGCGUUUCUGCUAUGCGACAUCCAGGAAACCUUCAGGCCACAUGUAAAACACUUCGGUGAAGUUGUGAAAGUAGCGAACAAAAUGCUAGAAGCAUCAAAACACUUCAAAAUACCAGUCUACAUAUCGGAGCAGUACCCCAAAGGCCUCGGGAACACCACAAAGGACAUCAAAGUGGAGAAUGCUGCGAUGGUGUAUGAAAAGACGCAGUUUUCCAUGUUCACUCCAGAGUUGCAGGCUCGGCUGAAGAAUGAUGUGCCUGACUUGAAAUCGGUUGUGUUAUUUGGGAUAGAGGCUCAUGUAUGCAUAGAACAAACCGUCAUAGACUUACUGAAUGAAGACUUGACAGUCCACGUGUUGGCUGACGGCGUCUCCUCCAGGUCCACCAUGGACAGAGGACUUGCAUUACAGCGCCUUCAAAGUAUCGGUUGCUUCGUUAGCACAUCAGAAAAUGUAUUAUUCAAACUUUUGAAAGACAAAAACCAUCCGGCGUUCAAACCUAUAUCUAAACUGAACACGACCCCCACUCCUGAGGAAUUUGGGGCCAGUAUUAAUAGAAAAGAACCUUAAAAUGCAUGUAAUGCGAUAUAAAAAUAUAUAGUGAAGAACAAUCCUAGAUUGUGCAAGUAAAUUUUCUUAUUCUGUGAACUAAGGUUAUAUAAUUUCGGUAUCAUAUAUAAAAUCAACAUAUAAAAAAAAAACGAAAUAAAAAUAAAUCUACUAUUGUUUAAAUGCUAUAAUGAAGAAUAUAUAAUUAUAAAUUCUUAAAUCUUUAUCAAAUUUAUUUUAGACGUGUCGUGUUUAUUCAUUGGUAAAAAUUGUUAGCACAUGCUAUAUUUUCGCACACAGCAAUUUAAACAGUGUAAUAAAACACUUGCUGUCUCUUUUUCAUUAACAAGUUGACAUAAUAGUGUGACAAAGACAACGCGAGAGCACCGUAACAUAAAAUUGUAAACAGGAUUAUAUAUUUGAUUAUUGUAAAAUAUUUGUUAUAUUGUAAAUAUUCUUUUUUAAUAAUUAUUUUUAUUUUUAUUAUAUUUAUAUAUGGACAUUAAAAUAAAAAUAAAACAAAUUUUGAUAUAAUUUGGCGCUUUCGCGUAUUAUAAUUAAAUGAUUUUUACAAGAUCUUUAUCGUGUGUAAUCAAUAUUUUAUUUAAUAUAAUAGCAUAAUCCAAUUGUAUUACAUAGAAGUGCUUCGUUUUUAUACAUAAUUAUAAUGCAUCGAAGAAAUUAACUAACAUUUAUGUUUUUUAUAAUAACAAACAAAAGUUUAUACGUAGGAAGAAAAUUUUAAAGUCAAAAGUGAUCCUCAACGAUUAGAACAUUACAUGUAAUGUUCUUAUAUCUGUGUCCUCAACUAUAUUUUUUUUAUAGAUAAAUAGAGCUGCCGCACAGAAGAGUUGCGAAACUCGAAAGCCACGAUUAGUUGUAUGGCGGAUUCAUUGAUGGAGUUUAGAUUAAAUAGUAAUAGAUUGCUAACCCAUAGCCUAUGGGAAUGAUCUCCAACCCUUUCCCUUGAUCGAUUUUUACAAUCUGCUGUGGAGUAGCACAUACUAUGUUUUAUUUCGCUUCUGGAAGGAAUGAAUCUUAAAUUUCUGUUAAGAUUCAAAAAUUAAAAUUAAUACACAUACCUAAUUUGCCUUUGUAUAUAAUGUAGUGUAAAUAAAAUACGUAUAAUUAUAAACGUU